AUGUUUACUAGAAAGAAAAAGGUUAUAAUAGCGUACUAUUUGUACAAAAAAAUGCAGCAGAAAGAAAAAAGAAAGAAAAAAAUGUGGGUACAUCCUAUUUUAUUGGAAAGAAAAAGAUAUGGUAUUUUCUACACUCUUUUUGAAGAUUUAAAGAAAGACGAAACAAAGUUUUUUAAUUUCUUUCGAAUGAGUCAAGUAACAUUUCAAAAAUUAUUAACAUUAGUACAAGAUAAAUUAAGGCAUGAUGAUACUAAUAUGCGUGAAUCUAUUACACCUGCUGAACGAUUGGCUGUUACCUUAAGGUACUUGGCAUCAGGAAGUACAUUUACAGAUCUUCAAUACACAUUUAGAAUCGGAAUAAAAACAAUAAGCUAUAUUGUUCGAGAAGUAUGUACAACAAUAUGGACUGAAUUGUGUAAUAUAUAUAUGAAAAUUCCAUCCAAGGACGACUGGUUAAUGAUAGCUAAUAAUUUUGAAAGCGCUGCAAAUUUUCCUCUAUGCUUAGGAGCCAUAGACGGUAAGCAUAUUAGAGUCAUAAAACCCGAACAAAGUGGAUCAAUGUUUUUAAACUACAAACACUACUUUUCCAUCGUACUAAUGGCCGUGACAGACACUAACUAUAAUUAUAUUUUUAUCGAUGUUGGUGCAUACGGAAAAGAAUGCGAUUCAGCGGUAUUCAAACAAACACAAUUUUGGAAAAACUUAUUAAAUGAUAGAUUGAACAUACCAUCAUCUACAAAUAAACUAGGAACUGAUUGUGAUCUACCUUACGUAUUCGUUGCUGACGAAGCAUUUGUACUACAUGAACAUGUACUUCGACCGUUUGGUGGUCAUCAACUCGAUGAAUUAAAAAGUACAUUCAACUACCGUUUGACAAGAGCAAGACGGUAUGUUGAAUGUACAUUUGGAAUAAUGGCGAAUAAAUGGCGAAUUUUACAUCGACCAUUAAAUGUAUCUACGGAUUUAGCAGUUGAUAUAGUAAAGACUUGUUGUUUGUUGCAAAAUUUUAUUCACAAAGAAGAGGGAAUUAUUAAUAGUAUAUCUAGCGAUUCAACUACUGAAAAUCUAAACUCCGAUCUACGCCAAUUACCUCGUUCAAAUUCGGUAAGAGGUAGCUUAACAUCAAAUAUGAUUAGAAAUAAAUUUGCUGAGUACUUUGUGUCACCAGAAGGGAGAUUACCGUGGCAGAAUCAGUAUAUUUAA